UCAUGUUAGAAUUCAUCUCGCGUUUAAGAUUUUUGUGCAAUAAUAAUUUGUUUUUUAUAUAUGUAUAAUUUUAGAAAUACGUAAAGGAAAAACACGUCGUUUCCGGUUCAGGCAGUGUGGAGAUAGCCGUCGGCCCUGUGUGGUUUCUGUCCGGAGGAUAAUAGAGAAGGGACCGAGUUUGGAGGAACAGUUGUUGUGAGAGUUUGUUUCCGCAGCUGUCUGAUCAAAAUGAGGAUUACUAAAGUAUUUCUGAGUGUAACGGCGGUGCUGGUGACGUGUCAGCUGUCUCCGGUGAGCUGUGACAUCACGGACGGGAACGCGGAACAUCUGAAGAGAGAACACUCGUUAAUGAAACCGUACCAAGGUGUUGGCAGCAGUCCCAGCAGUCAGUGGGACUUCUGGGGAAGCACGUUGGUGACGAGCUCGUACGUCCGCCUCACUCCAGACGAGAGGAGCAAGCAGGGAUCGAUCUGGAACACUGUGCCGUGUUACCUGAAGGACUGGGAGAUGCACGUGCAGUUUAAAGUUCACGGGUCAGGAAAGAAGAAUCUCCAUGGCGACGGCAUCGCUGUGUGGUACACGAAGGACCGACUGCAUCCAGGCCCUGUGUUUGGAAACCAAGAUCAGUUUCAUGGCCUGGCUAUUUUUUUGGAUACCUUCCGCAAUGACCUCCAUGGGAUGGAUCGUUCCUUCCCGUACAUUUCAGCCAUGGUGAACAACGGCUCAGUGAACUACGACCACGGUAAAGACGGCCGAUCGUCGGAGCUGGGAGGCUGCUCGGCUGAGAUCAGGAACAGAGAGCACGACACGUACCUCGCCAUCCGCUACUCCAAAGGAAGACUCACUGUGAUGGUUGAUGUGGACGAUAAGAACGAGUGGAAGGAGUGCAUCGACAUCGGAGGAGUUCGACUUCCUACAGGAUAUUUCUUUGGUGCCUCAGCAGCUACAGGAGAUCUGUCAGAUAACCAUGACAUCAUCUCGAUGAAGCUCUACCAGCUGAUGGUCGAACACACUCCUGAGGAGGAGAACCUGGACUGGACCAAGAUCGAGCCCAGCGUCAGCCUCCUCAAGUCCCCCAAAGACAACAUCGACGAUCCCACCGGAAACUUCCGAGGGACGCCCCUGACCGGCUGGAAGGUGUUCCUGCUGCUGCUGUGCGCUCUGCUGGGGAUCGUGGUGUGUGCUGUGGUGGGAGCUGUAGUUUUCCAGAAGAGACAGGAGAGGAACAAGAGGUUCUACUGAGCAGAGACCAGGUGUCUGUAGUGAGAUGAACUGUUUCCAGAUUGAGCACAUCAAUGUGAAUUCUUUUCUAAAGAUUGUACAAAUGUUUAUAUCUUUGAAGCACUGCGUUCAGAGUGAAUGAUGGCGACCUGUGAUGUGGGGAAGAAGGUGCAGAACCAGUGGCGACCGUAAUGAGUGGCUGCUGCUGUUUAUGUUCUCCAUGUAUUGAUUAACUGCACGGUUAGAUCAGACCCCCCCCCCCCCCCCCCCCCC